AUGAAUUUGGAGCACUAUUUUACUUCCAGGCGCAAAAUAAUAUUGUACACUCAUUUGUUCAUGUUCAUUUAUGACGGCAACAAAACAUCGCUCCGUCUCUUUCACCCGCGCACGACGUCGCCGCGUCCUUCGCUCGAGUUCGACGUUCGACCAGUUGCGCCGCGCAUCCAGUUGUUAAUACACGUGUGUCGUUCUUUUUGUGCUCCGGUGAAUAAAAUGGCGGACGAACCUACACCUGGCUCAAGCAAAGACAGUUCUGUUCAACAGCAAGUAGUACCAAGAAGUGCUCCGGAAAAACUACAUAUUAUAAGACAUGUCGCAAAACGAUUAAAAUUCAAGCCAAAUAAGGUUUUAAUAUCUAAAACAAAAUACUAUGACUUAACCGGUUUACACCCAGAUCAUUUACAGACUAUUAGUGAAACAAAUUUAGAAGAUAUAGAAAUAAAGACAGUUGCAUUAGAUCGAUCACAAGUUCACAGAACCUGGGUUAGCCAUUUAUCGAAAAAUUUCAGCUUACCUACUACUGAGCAACUGUUUUGGCAGUUAAAGAUGAAGGUUAUACCUAUUUAUAUGAAUCUAAGUGAUUUUAGAACAUGGUUAUACAAGAAUGAUUUUAUGUGGGAACGAGGUUCCAAUGGCGAAUUGGUGGUUGUUGAGAAAACCGAAGUACGUUUUGAGAGAUAUUUGUACCUACAGAAGAUGGCCAGAUACAGAGAAGAAAAUAAACAAAUCUUUUUUAUUGGUCACGGUGCAUUUAAUUCUGAGGGAAGACUUGUGACUUUGAAAGAAAGCAACAAAGCAUCAAAGAAUAACAAUGAAAUUUACCAACGAAUUCUUUUUGCUGUCUCAGCGGCAGGUCCUGAUUGUUUGCGGUAUGUUGAAAGUUUCACCGAGAAAGUGUUCUUAGAUUGGAUAAACCAAGUAUUUCUGAUUGCUGUAGGAACACCGAGCGUUGUUGUAUUGAGCUAUGAUAAACAUCAUUGCGAAGAGAUUAUAAAGGUACCAACUUUAGAGAGCUCGAAACGAGAUUUGUGUAAAUGGCUUGAUUAUUUCGGUGUGCCUUACGAUGCAGGGAUGACUAAAGUGAUACUACAUGAUUUGAUUGAAAAGUAUACAGAUUUAACAGAGAAGAUUUAUGCGGUAGACGCUGUACUCAAGGCGAAUGGCCACACCGUAUUGAGGAUACCGAAUUGUAUAAGGAGAUUGACUCCAGCAACGUUUUAUCCUGAUAUGGUGGACUUGAAUGUGAAGGUGAAGUUCUGUGAUCAACCAAGUCUGUCUCCAGAGAGAAUAAGAGAAACUAUUGAUGCUAUAUUUGCGGCUUCUUCUGGACACAUGGCUUGGGUACACAUUACAAGCGAGGAAAAAUGUAUUUUGGCCGUGGAAUCGUCUGUCGAUAAAAUGAUAAAUAAAAUUAAACAUACGAGAAUGAAAACUUCCUGCUCUGUAUCAUCAAUCGUGGAUAGUGAUAUUCCGUCGGAUGACUCCGAUUCGGAAUAG